GACUGAUUGCAUUGUUUUGAAAAAAUACACCAAAUUAUCUUUUAAAAACCCAAUCGCCAUCGUUAAACUCACAUCCUACAGAAGUUAUAAAUUAGAAUUGAUACCCACGCAGGCACGUCAGUCUGCCACAGAGUGUACACUAAGGCACAUUGUUCAAGUUCAAAUUGUUUUUUGAAUUUCGAACAGUAAUUUUUUUUUAUUUUUUUUUACAAUUUUGGAGAUAUUUGUCACCAGAAAAUGGACAAUUUCUACUGUUCACGUUUGUCUAAAGGCAUAUUCGUGGAAGACACACAACAGCCAGUCUCUAGAGAAGGACGAGACUGAACUUAUGUGAAUGUGUAGUGCAUGUAAAUUUUGAUAUAUCCCGAGUUUCCUAUCAGCAACAAAAAAAAAAGCUCAGAGUGAAGAGCCAAGUCCAAGGGAGAGUUUUCGUUAAUUAAAAAAAGUGAAAAUUGUGAGAAAUUUAAAAGUGAAUAUUUGAAAAGAGAAGGCGAAAAAGUAUUAUAUGAAAAUAUGAAAGGUACGACGAAGAACUAUGACACCAAAUCUUAUGGAUCUUUGGAUGACACCGUCAUACUGAUCGAAGCUGAUGAGAGUACACCUCUGUUGGUGGAUCGUCGUUUAUCGCUGGGCAGCUUUAUUGGGCGAUACAACAAUGACAAUGAGUAUGGGAAGGAGAAGUCGCUGUUUUUCUUCGAUUAUUCUGUGUGGUCCCUGGCCAGCAAAAGCUCUGUCAGCAGUACCAAAUCGUUUAAAAGCCAUUUUUGGGAAUUGAAAGUUUUGGCUAUUGUUUUGCUGUUUGCUGCCGCUAUUGGCAUUGCCAUGUAUUUACUUAUUGUAGAAACACGUUUACCUUCGAUAACAUUUUCCUUGGACUUGGUACAUCAUGAUGUGUGGAGUAUCAAGAAAUUGCCCAUGGGUCCCAGAAUGGAUCCACUGAAUGUAGAUAGUGUGAUGAUCACACAAACUGGAAGCAACAACUGUGAUAACCCAAUUCAAUGUCAAAAUAUUUUGCAACAAAUGCAGAGUGACUAUUCAAAUAGACUUAAACAAGAGCUGCCUUAUAAUUUCCUCAUUGGAUGUGAUGGAGUGGCUUACGAAGUAAGAGGAUGGACCUAUGAGAGUGGUAUGGAGGGAGUGGAUCAAAAAAGGACCUUGGUCAUAGGACUAAUAGGAAAUUUUGAUUAUACAUCACCACCACACGUUCUUAUAAAAACCCUUAAAUUUCUUAUGAAAGAAUCUGUCAAACGCCGAAAACUUAAAAGGUUUCAUCAAGUCCACAAUCUUAAUAAAUUCUGUACCGAUUGUGUUGAGAAUACUCUUAUACAGUGAGAGAAAUAGUGAAACCCUCUUAAAGUCUUGACUGUGUUCUGCUUAGGAAUAUAUUUUGAUAUCAUAAUGAGAAAACUAUAUUUUAAAUAGUUCAUUGU